UGGAGUCCAGAAAGAAAACAAGGAGCACUACUGUACAUCUCUUUGCACAGAACAAUAUUUGAUACGUUCAACAUGAUGGAUAUCAAAGCUGCCUCUCUCUGGACUUGUGUUCUCUGUGUCUGCAAUGCAAUUCCAAUAUUCCAGCCCCAGCUUGGAAUUGUUGCAAGCGCCAGUAAUGAGAUUCUUGGGCUGGGGGGAGUUGGGCUGGGGGGAGUUACCCUUACAGGUGUUGGCUUAGGUCAAGCACAGAGAACACCCUUCAUCAACCCGUUUUUCCAGCCCAAUAUCAUUAUGCCCCAGCGGGUGCUGAACUUUAACCCUCAGGCAGCUGGUCCCUUCCUACCCCAGCAGGCCAAUCCUGGGCUGCUGCCCGCGCAGGGGAACCAGGUGUCCCCUUUCCAGUUCAGCCCACCCCAGCAGGAAUUGCCUGCCGGGCCUGUGGACCCUAAUUCUCCACAGUUCCAACCCCAGGUCUUUCCUCAGUACUAUCCCUCCAUGCCAUUUCCUCAAGGCGCUGGAGGACAGGGCUAUCCCUACUACAUGUCCUACGGCUAUCCUCAGAGAAACAACCCUGGAGUGGUGCAGCCCAACCCAAACAAUGCACAGCAGAAUAUUGUACUGACUACCCAGAAACCCCAGCUGCCAGUUCAGAAUCCAGGAAAAGGAGGAGUUACGUUGAGGGCAACUUCACCACCUGAGGCUCGUGGAGACAUGGCUGGCCCAGGAAUUGAGGAGGGUUAUCCAAGAUUUUCAUUUCUACCAUGAACUACCUGACAAGCUUUCAACAGGUCCCCUUUGUGUAUGUUCAGUUGUGGUAUUACUGUAUGUAUUUCCUAAGUGUGUCAGUGUCUUUAGGAAGAUUAGUGGCUGUCAGCAGGCUCAGUUAACUUAGAAUUUUUGUUUUCACUGUUGUCAUUUGUACAUUCUUUAUAGAUCACAGUAUACCUACUUCAUGGGUUACUUUCAAAAUGAAUAAUAAACCAGCAUCAAAGCA